GGCUUUCUAGGGCUUUUAGGACUCUUAGGCAUCGUUGCCAUUUACUGAUAGCUGGGCGUGCCUUUUAAAACUUAAGUAAACGUAAAGUUCGGGUGUACAUAGGUUUUCCUACGGAGAGAUGGGCAAGGUCAAGAAGCAGGCGAGCCACGCCAUCAAGAAAAUCCUCAUGAAGGAAAAGAGCCUGGCGAUGAAAAAGAAGCACGAGGCCGAUCGAUACCACGACACGCCUGAACCGACCUACACGGCACAGGCCCGAAAGGACCCCGCCUUUGUGGAAUUCCAAAAGUCGCAGGUCACUCAAGCCGCCCCGGCGCAAACCGCCUCCUUCCUGUCCUACAACAACGCCCUCGGGCCGCCUUUUCGGAUAUGGCUCGAUACCAACUUUAUCAACUUCUCGAUGCAGAACAAGAUCGACAUUGUCCAGGGCCUGAUGGAUUGCCUCUUGGCCAAGGUAAUCCCGUGUAUCUGCGACUGCGUCUUCGCCGAGCUGGAGAAGUUGGGGAAGAAGUUCAGGAUCGCCCUAAAACUCGCGCGCGAUAAGCGGUUUGAGCGGCUGACCUGUGAAGGACGCUACGCGGAUGACUGCGUCGUGCGCACGGUCACCCAACACCCCGUUUAUAUUGUCGCGACCUGCGAUCAGGAGCUGAAGCGGCGAAUUCGUAAAAUACCGGGUGUCCCCAUUAUGUACAUCUCUAAGCAUCGCUAUACCAUCGAAAGACUCCCCGAAGCAUACGGCGCCCCUGCAUAAUUUUAACUUUUUGCCACCCAUGACAUUAACCAGAGGAUGGGCAAAACUUAAUUGAUGUUUGUAACGAUUAAUUAAUAAGUUUGCUUAUCACGAAUGGUAAAUAUUAGGGUAAAUAGAGAGAAGGUGACUUUUCAUUUAAAAAAAAAAAAGAGCACUUCUCCCUGUCCUAAUAUUUAUUCUGUCCUUCACA